AUGUUCCUGCUGAUAGAACCAAGACUGGAUGUUGCAGUGUCGAUCAUUGGAUGUGGAGAUUACGCUUCCUUGAUGGUUCCUCGUGCACAAGCAUCCGGUCUGUCCAUUUCAACCGAUUCCUGUGAAUGCUUUCCACCCAGCCUUGUUCAGAUUUUGACCCGUCUGGAUCCAGUCAACAAUGUCCACAAACUCGACAACCAGAAACUUUUGAUUCUUGGUGGAGGGUUAGACGCCAUGGUUCCUCCAUCUGCUAACAAGAUGUUUAUUGAUCGUGUUAGGGAAAGGUAUGGUGCUGAGGGCAAGUCGGAGUGGUUUGACGAGCGCAUUGAUCCUGAUGCCGGCCAUACUUUUUCUCCGUGGAUGAUGGUUCAAACGCAGCAAUGGCUUUGCAAAUAUUUGCUAUCUCGUUGA